GAAAGGUCUGUGCUUUCCCUGCCCUGUCUCCUCCUCUAACAACCAGCCCCUGACCGUUUAAGAAUCCUCCUGAGGAGUACUUGUCACACUUACCUCUUGCCUGGGAUCACAAGUAGAAGAGCCAUGGGGAGGCGAAUAUGGAUAAUAGGAUCUCUGACUGCCAUAGUGGUCGCACUCGCCCUGUUUUUGGGACUGUUCUUUGGACUGCGCACUGAACCUGUGCGAAAUGCACAGAUCUACGAAAGAGCAGCUGUAGCCACAGAUGCUGGGAAAUGCUCUGAGAUUGGCAGGGAUAUACUUAAAGAAGGAGGCUCAGCAGUGGAUGCAGCUAUUGCUGCCCUCAUCUGUGUUGGUCUGUUUAAUUCUCACAGUAUGGGCAUUGGAGGAGGUGUGAUCUUUACCAUAUAUGAUGCAAAAACAGGAAAAUUUGAGGUGAUAAAUGCUCGUGAGACAGCCCCGAUGAACGCCACAGAGGGAAUGUUUGGGAACAGCACUGCGUUAUCACAGAGAGGGGGCUUGUCCAUAGCAGUGCCAGGGGAGAUCCGAGGAUACUGGGCAGCAUACCAACGGCAUGGCAAGUUACCAUGGAAACGUCUGUUUGAACCAAGUAUUAAAUUAGCCCGUGAAGGAUUUCCUGUUGGUUUGGGUCUGUCCCAGGGUCUUGAUUCAGCCAAGGCAAUUAUUGAACAAGACAAGUCCCUUUGUGAGGUAUUCUGUAAUGCACAGGGGAAGGCAUUGCAGAAAGGAGAUAUUGUAAAGUUGCCCAAACUAGCGCAGACUCUGCAGACCCUGGCUGAUGAUCCUGAUUCCUUCUAUAAUGGCACACUCGCCAAGCAGAUUGCCAGAGACAUCCAACAAGCAGGUGGAAUCAUUACAGAGGAAGAUCUGAGAAAUUAUAAAGCUGAGAUCAAUGAGCAGCCACUUCGUUAUCAGCUUGGAGACUACACCCUGAUCGUCCCUACUGCACCCCUGAGUGGUCCUGUCCUUGGACUUAUCCUUAACAUUCUGAAAGGUUUUAACUUUUCUCCCCAGAGCUUAAAGCCUGAGUCCAUUGGACUGACUUACCACCGCAUAGUUGAAGCUUUCCGUUUUGCCUACGCUAAAAGAACUUUGCUGGGAGAUCCCAAGUUCAUAGACAUAACAGAGGUAAUGAAGAACAUCACUUCGGAUAACUUUGCUGAGGAUCUAAGAAAUAAAAUCUCAAACGACACCACGCACCCAUCAGAAUACUAUGAGCCCAUAUUCUACAUUCCAGAUAACCAUGGCACAGCACACCUGUCAGUUGUAGCGGAGGAUGGAAGUGCUGUGGCUGCCACCAGCACUAUCAAUCUAUAUUUUGGAUCUAAGGUUCGCUCCAAUGUAACUGGAAUUAUCUUCAAUGAUGAAAUGGAUGAUUUCAGCUCACCAUUAAUAACCAAUGGGUUCGGUAUCCCACCAUCACCAUCUAAUUUUAUCAAACCAGGUAAACGGCCUCAGUCCUCAAUGUGUCCAGCAAUCCUUCUGGAUAAGGACCAAAAGGUGCAUAUGGUGGUUGGAGGUUCUGGAGGGUCUAAAAUCACCACGUCAACAGCACUGGUCAUCAUGAACUCACUAUGGUUUGGCUAUGAUGUGGAGAACUCGGUGGAGCUGGCACGGGUGCACAAUCAGCUAUUCCCAAAUGAGACAGUUGUGGAAGAAACCAUAGAAAAGCAUAUAGUAGAUGGGCUCAUAAAACGUCAUCAUAAUGUAGAAAAUUCAAGAAGAGGUGGAGCUGUAGUCCAGGCUAUUGUACGGACGAAGGGCAAAUGGUCCGCAGCUUCAGACACCAGAAAGGGAGGUUAUCCUGCAGGCUACUGAUCUUCACCUACAUGGUCAUCUUAUUGACAGCUGCUACAUUCACCUUUUCCACAUUGGAUUUCAACUUACUUUCAAUACAUUUCACAACACUCUGUCUCAGGGACGAAAUGUGUAAUCUCUUCCUAAGAAUACAGAAACGCUGAAUUCCGGUCUUCUUCACCAUUAAGCAUUAGAUGAAGGCAUCUCUGCAGUGCUGCUAUAUACUGAGUCUAUGUGCCAUGUUGUGAUCAUAGAAUAUGCAAGUGGGAUCACAUGAUAAUGAACAGACUGCACUGAACAAAACGGACUGUGCCUUUAAUUAAUUGCUCAGUCUGUGACAAUCCAUUGGAGAACUCAAUGAUCCCUCUUUGACCUACUGUGUUUCGUCAUUAGAAAAGGGAGAGUUCUCGGGAAGGGGGAAUAUAACAUAGGAUUUGCACAUAUCUUUCUGAAGAUCACCUGUUUGCCAUCUUACAAAGCAUUAUCUCCUCUGAUUGACAUAAGGUCUGCAUCAAGGUGGUGGAAUUAAUAUUUUGCACAAUUUUCUACCACCUUAUACCUUUUUUGGUCAUUACCUGCCGGCUUAUACCUUUUUUGGUAAUUACAUUUGAGUGGAGAGAAAUUGUAUGUAUAGCUUUACAUUUUCUGACAUGGAAGGCAAACAUCUGCCAAAUGACUACUGAAACUAUAGACAGCAAUAGCAAUAUUGGAGUACUGUUCUGUCCAUCCACAUUCACAGUUUCAAAAAUUACCAUUAAAAGAUUUUAGGGUAAAAAAAACAAAAACUUGGAUUGACAAAAUGAAAACCUACAGUUAUUAGGUGUAGAAAGCUCCUGGUAUCCAGACAAAAUGCUCGGUAUGUAUUGUGAUGUAGUGGUUAAUGUAACAGUACAGAUUAGAAAACGGUACAAGUGAUGUCUUUUAAUUGUCAAAACUUAAUUUUUAUUUCCUUUAUUAAAAUAAUGUGUA